GGUUACUAAGCGGUCGGCGGCGCAGCAUGGCCUUCGCCCGGCGUCCCUGGACCCUCCUCACGGCGUCCCCGGGCAGCGUCGUGGAGCGGGCAGACUUCCGGGAAGGAACUGACAUGCGGCUGAGCGGCGGCGGCGGCGGCUCGGCAGGGAAGGAGGCGGCGGCGCCGGCGGAGGGGGAAGCGGAGACGGCCGGCGCCCGGCGCGGAGCCCUAGGGCGGCCUUGGGGCCUCGUCGGGAAAGAUGCUAUCCCGAAAGAAAACCAAAAAUGAAGUGUCCAAGUCGGCCGAGGUGCAGGGCAAAUACGUGAAGAAGGAGACGUCGCCUCUGCUGCGGAAUCUCAUGCCUUCAUUCAUCCGGCAUGGUCCAACAAUUCCAAGACGAACUGAUAUCUGUCUUCCAGAUUCAAGCACUACAGCUUUUUCAACUUCUGCAGAUGGAGUCAUUUCAAGAAACCAGAGUUUUCUUAGGACUCCAAUCCAAAGAACACCUCAUGAAGUAAUGAGAAGAGAAAGCCACAGGUUAUCUGCACCUUCUUAUCUUGCCAGGAGUCUAGCAGAUGUCCCUCGGGAAUAUGGCUCUUCUCAGUCAUUUCUAACAGAAAUUAACUUCACUGUUGAGAAUGGAGAUUCUGGUUCCCGAUACUAUUAUUCAGAUAAUUUUUUUGAUGGCCAGAGAAGGCGGCAACUUGGAGAUCGUGCACACGAGGACUACAGAUUCUAUGAAUACAACCAUGAUCUCUUCCAAAGAAUGCCACAGAAUCAGGGCAGGCAUGCUUCAGGUAUUGGGAGAGUUGCUGCUACAUCACUAGGAAAUUUGACUAAUCAUGGUUCUGAGGAUUUACCCCUUCCUCCUGGCUGGACUGUGGACUGGACAAUGAGAGGAAGAAAAUAUUACAUAGAUCAUAACACUAAUACAACUCAUUGGAGCCAUCCUCUUGAGCGAGAAGGACUUCCUCCUGGAUGGGAGCGAGUAGAAUCCCCAGAAUUUGGAACCUAUUACGUAGAUCACACAAAUAAGAAGGCUCAGUACCGACAUCCCUGUGCUCCUAGCGUUCCUCGGUAUGAUCAACCUCCUCCUGUGACAUACCAGCCACAACAAACUGAAAGAAACCAGUCCCUUCUGGUACCUGCAAAUCCGUAUCACACUGCAGAAAUUCCUGACUGGCUUCAGGUUUAUGCUCGAGCCCCUGUGAAGUAUGACCACAUCCUGAAGUGGGAACUCUUCCAGCUUGCUGACCUGGACACCUACCAGGGCAUGCUGAAGCUGCUCUUCAUGAAGGAACUGGAACAGAUUGUCAGAAUGUAUGAAGCCUAUAGACAGGCACUUCUCACUGAAUUGGAAAACCGUAAGCAGAGGCAGCAGUGGUAUGCCCAGCAACAUGGCAAGAAUUUUUUAAGUUAAUUUUUUUAAAUGAAAUUUAAGUUUUAUAAGAGCUUUAACAUUUUCACAGAUGAAAAAUUGCAAAAAGUACUUUGGCAGCUUACUUUUGGGAAAUUGUAAAAUACUAAUUUUGCACGUGUUUUGUUAUGAAAACUUUUCUUUUAUUGAACAAAAAAAUUAUCUCUUCAGAGCCAACAUGGCAAAAACACUUCCAAGUGCUGUAUGGGAGAAAACUGCCUUGAAUAUUCUUGAUGCAAGAAUGCCAUUAGAGCCAGAUUACUAAUAGGAAAGGAUCACUUGGUAACUUCUGUUGCAGCAGCACCUUGAUUUAAAACAGAGCAGCUAUGCAGCAUUUUAUACCAAGAUGUUUACUGUUUUAUUUUGGGGUAUUGUCUAGAAUGGGAUGGUAUAAAUAUUACCAUGAUGGAAUAUAAAGAAUGAAAUAGGAUUUGGAACUUUUGUUGUGCUAAAUUUCUAAACAGGACCAUGUGAUUGUCCUCCCCCAGCUCCCAUUACCCACCCACGUGGAAGGAACCUUUGGAAGCAUGCUGAGCAAGUGUUUUCUAGUGAAAGGCCUUUAAGUCAUUCAUGAACAAAUGUAAGCGUAAGGCCAGUUGCUAAUAUAGGCUGCUCUACAUUAAGCCAGAUUUCUUGGUGUUUAGCUUGCCUCUGACAGACUAGGUAAAGACUGCCUUUGGACAGGCCGGAGUAAGCUGCCGAAAAUGACAAUCAGGGAUUCACUAAGAAGUAUUGGUCAUUAAAUUGAUUCAUGUUAUUUUUUUUAUAUUUUGAGUGUGUCACAAAAUUUUAAAACCAUGUAUUUCUUUCUCAGUUGUUUCUCUUGUUAUAGUUGUAAGAUGUUUGUUCAUAAUUAGUGCAGUACAUUUCAUUAUAAACAAAUUUAUGCUACUUCUAGCCUGUAAACCUCCUGGAUUCUGUGAAUUUCAACAUUAGUUGAAGUAGUUAUUAAGUCAUAUUUACAUGUCUUGUAAAUAUGUAAAUAUAUUUUUAGACAGUCUUCCAAAAUACCAAGCACUCCCAGUUAGAAUUAAUGAGUUUGAAUUAUUGAAAAACUGUUGUUUGAUUUUAUAUAACAAGCUUAUUAAAUAUAUUUUUU